AGGAGAGGAGAGGGAGAAGAAAGGGAGAGAGGAGCGCCCCAUUACUGGUUUGCCGUUCGGUUCCCGUGCGCUCCCGUGCACCUGCUCUGGAAAUCUCUUGACUUGCGCCCGAACUUCUGCUGAAAUGGCACUUCCUCCGCACUCUUUGGGUGAUUGGAACGACUCGGUCUCCAUAACUCCGCUGAACGUCACGUUCACCGAGGACCCGCCGCGCGCGUCCCCCGACAUCAACGACACCAACAGGGCUGCAGGCGGAGACGCGACGAGCCUCCUCAUCCCCGUGUGCAUCACGGCGCUGUACUCUCUGAUCUGCGCGGUGGGGCUGCUGGGAAACGUGCUGGUAAUGUUCGGGGUGGUCAGGUACAUCAAGCUGAAGACCGCCACCAACAUCUACAUAUUCAACCUAGCUCUCGCCGACGCCCUCGCCACCAGCACCCUCCCAUUCCAGAGUGCCAAGUACCUGAUGGGCACGUGGCCCUUCGGGGAGGUGCUGUGCAAAGUGGUCAUCGCCAUCGACUACUACAACAUGUUCACCAGCAUCUUCACGCUCACCAUGAUGAGCGUGGACCGCUACAUCGCCGUCUGCCAUCCAGUCAGGGCGCUGGACUUCCGCACGCCCGCCAAAGCCAAGCUCAUCAACGUGUGCAUCUGGAUCCUCUCCUCCGCCGUCGCAGUGCCUGUGAUGAUCAUGGCUGUUACCAAGGUGACACCUCAAGGAAAGACUUCGUGCGAACUCAGAUUCCCCAAACCCGAGCGGUACUGGGACACCGUUUUGAAAAUCGGCGUGUUCAUUUUUGCCUUCGUGGUUCCCGUCCUGGUCAUCACCAUCUGCUACGGUCUGAUGAUCCUGCGGCUCAAGAGCGUGCGUCUGCUCUCCGGCUCCAAAGAGAAAGACAGGAACAUGCGGCGGAUCACCCGCAUGGUCUUAGUGGUCGUGGCGGCCUUCAUCGUCUGCUGGACUCCCAUCCACAUCUUCAUCAUCGUCAGGACCAUGGUGGACAUUGACCGCAAGAACCUCCUGGUGGUGGCCAGCUGGCACCUGUGCAUCGCACUGGGCUACACCAACAGCAGCCUCAACCCCGUGCUGUACGCCUUCCUGGAUGAGAACUUCAAAAGGUGCUUCAGGGAUUUCUGCCUCCCGUACCGCUCGCGCCUGGAGCAGAGCAGCUUCUCCAGGGCGCGCAAUAGCACAAAGGAACCUCUGUCCGUUUGUGCGCCCGCAACGGCGCGGAGGCCGUCGGCCUGACUAGGCAUGGAUCAGUGGGCGGGGGGGCAGGUUCAGGAUGACCUCCAGACCGAGGUCACGCAGUUCUCCACUACAGGAGUCUGAGUAAGCAGGUGUCAGCUAUUAUUGUAAAGUAUCGGUUGUGUUUUUUCCAUUUUGACACAAUGGUCUGAGGAUUGUCGUUCACAAGGAUAUACCGGUACGUCCUUGGAGUGUGUGUGAAGUGCAUAUACAAUGCAUCCCUAUGGACAAACACGCACGCAGUGCAGUCAGACUGCAUCGGCCUGGUGGUGCGUAUUGUAUUGUGUUGUCAAUAACAAUAAGCAGGAGGUUGAAGUGCUGCUUCUGUUCUUUAAGGGCGUUUAAAGGUGAUCAUAUUGUCAGUCGGGACAUAGAUCCUAAACACACAGAGAAUGUCGUCCAGUGGAGUCUUUUUAGGACCAACAUGUAAUCAACGUGGCAUUGAAGUCAGUGAUGUGACCCAAAUCCAGGAGAUCACGUGUUUCACCUGAUGAAGACUAAACUGUCUCAAAAAAUCCCCUUCAGCAGCAAGAAGUAACUACGUCCGCAGUAAAGGAUCAACGGGGAAGAUACUGUGUAUUGGACCUGCUUGACUGUCUGCUAAAUAUCCCAGAUGAUGACUCUGUGUGGAGUCAUGUUAGCUUGUCUGUUACCUAAAACCUGGGUAACAUAUAAAGCAAGGCAAUUAGUUGAUAUCUUUAAUCACCUUUUAAGUUUUAUGACCUAAUUUCCUAUUUACACAUUUAGCCGUUAGAUUUGCAACAUUAUCAUACAUUUUAUGUCUGUUUCUGGCUUCUCAGAAGAGGAUAGUUUAUUUUGUUUAUUGGCUUUGGUAGCCUUCGACUCCUGAGGGAAAUAACAGCAUCUUUACACUCGCCGACGGUGUCUUUGUGCUGUCUGGUGUUGUGUACGGUCAAGCUUUGAAACAGUAACGUUGUCGACCCAGAAACUACAAGAAUAAGCCGAAUGACCCCGGUCAAAAUAAUUACAGAAAAAAGUCACCCUCAAAAUCAAGAACAAUUUUCAAUUUGAAUGAAUUGUAUGAUUAAGAAGAGAAGACUGCGCCUCCAGCGUCUGUACAGCAGGAACAUCAGUAAUCAGCUGACUCAUUGUGCUCCUCCAGCAGCGAGGCUGCUCCUUGUUUUGUAAAGCGUCCCGAUAACGUUCUGCUGACAGUGAAGUGAAGCCCUGAAGGGGAACGUGGCGCUGCGGGUUCAACCCAUAGUUGACUGAAUGACCUCAGACUGGCAUUGAAGCUCUAUUUACUCCAACACGUUAGCAGGGAACUAGGAGCUUUUUAUCCAUAUUGCGGAUAGUAGUUUCCACUGAAGAUCUUUGGACAAACGCAGAAUGACGGUGGAGAAGUGAGAAGACAUUUUGAGACAUUUUGAGAGGACAAACUGAUGUCUCUAAUCCUUCAAAAACAUCUCUAUAUAAAGGAUGAAGAUAAUAUUGUUCUGUAACAGCAAAUGAAGUGGUAAUGUGAUUUAUUGUGUUUAUGCUGUCAAGCUGUUGUAUUAUUGAGCUGCACUUGAUUCAUUAGUACAAAAUAAUGUUAUGGAACCAUGUAUUUACACUAAGUGCUAAAAUCUUAAUUUUAACUUUAUUUAUCAUUAUUAAAUGUUUUCUGCAGAUGGUUGUAAAUAUGUCCAUCAGAUUUAAAAUAUGUAAAUAUCAAAUAUUUGAAUGUUAUAUAUUUUAAAGUGUUGUGUUUCAGCAGAUAGAGUAUAUAAACAACAUUAUAUAAGUGUAAUAACUAUUUUAUUCAUUUAAUAACCUUUACCUGAUGCUAUUUCAUAGUCAAAGCAAAUAGCAUCAGUUGUAUAGUUUGUAGUUUGAAUUCAACAUUCUUCUUUUAUUGAGGUUUUCACGACAGAUGUUCACAUUUUAACUCUUCGUGGAUGCUAGUGAGGCCACGUGUGAGUCAGACAAGUCAUUUGUUGGUACAAUCAAGAAUGGAUUACUGAUCGGGGGAAUUUUGAAGGGGGGCAGGUACCUUUUACCUGGAAGCCCUCAGUGGUCAGAGGCAACAAGUCAAUUUCUAACUUCCACUACUCCAAGUUGCCUGUAGAUGAGAUGUGAGCGUGAACGGUUGUCCGCCUCUAUGUGUCUGUGAUCGGCUGCAGCGCCUCCGCGACCCUGGACGGGAUUCAUGCGGUUAUGGACAGACGGGCGGUUGGAUAAACUACAUUUUCAUAAAAAUAAAGGAAAGCCAAUCAGA